AUGUUUGUAUUCUUUUCAUAUCUUGCAGAUGCUUGUUGUGCGAGUUGCGAUCUGAAACCAUCUACAGAGCUAUCUAAACAUGAGCAUACAGUAUGUCAAAGUGCUGGACGACUAUUUGUUGAUGGAGAAACGUGGCAGUUAGCACCGUGUACGUCAUGCACGUGUCGUGUAGGUAACGUAUUAUGCCGUGUGGUAGAAUGCCCACCAACUGCGUGUCAAACGCCGAUUUUCGAUGAAAAAAAUCAGUGUUGUCCCAAAUGCCCUGAUGAAAGUGAUUCAUUGAUGAUUGAAGAUUUGAUGUCUAAUGUUGGUGGUAUAGUUUGUACGGAUAACAACCACGUGGCACGCGUCGCUGGUUCCACUUGGAGAAUGGAUGAAUGCACGUCUUGCAAAUGUGUUUUGGUGGAUAAAGAAACUAAAAUCAAAUGCUUCGAGGAGAAAUGUCAACAACUAACAAACUGUCGUGGAAUGCCAUUAACAAUUAAGGGAAGGUGUUGUCCCGUGUGUUCCGAUGCAUUAUCGUCAGGUGCAGUGUGCAGCUAUAAAAGUAGUGUAUAUAGCGUGAAUGAAGAAUGGCGUGAUGGCCCAUGUCGUAACUGCACGUGUCAACCAGGUGGUGGAACAAUAUGUAAGGAGCAGCAAUGUGCAUCUUGCAAGGAACCUAUAAUCAUGCCUGGACAGUGCUGUCCACUUUGCAAAGGUAUAGGUUGGCGAUCUUUUGACGAAGGUCAACUUAAGUCAGUGUUAUUGGAUAAUAAAGACUUGUCAUCAUCUACCCCUGUUCCAUCAUCAACCUCCCAAAUGAAUGCAAUGUUGUAUGGUUUUUGCUUGACAGGAUUUAUUCUAAUUGGUGUUAUUCUUUUUAUUCUAGUCUACAAACUUAUCAAGCAGAGCAAAAACAGUGAAGAAAAGAAAUCGCCAAUUCAUUACAACAGUUCGACAGUUCUACUAUCAGCUACGAAAGCAAUAGGGUCAACUCCACGACUUUAUGAGGAUUCGUCUACAAUCAGAGAUAGCUGCGGUGACGGUCAAAGUGAAUUUUUAAUUUCUUCAAACUCAGAAACAAGUUCAGCAACAUCAUCUAACGGUAGUUCAGGGCAUGGAUUGCUUUAUGACACUUUACCACUAAAUCCAGUCAAGAAGAGUGUUAGUCGAACCAAAUCAAUGGAUUAUGGUAUUCGACGUGGUUUAGGUUCUUUCAAAAAUAACACAUUCGGAAAAUUGGGCAACAAACACGGGUCUUGCAACGUGUAA